CGCAGCCAAGUCUGGGAGGGUUUCCUGGACAGAGGGCCUCGUGGCUGCUGCCUUAAGAUGUGCAGCCCUGGCGGCAGCUGCCACUGCUAUCGGAUCAGGCCCACGGCAGCGGCGGCAGCAGCAGCAGCAAAAGCAGCAGCAGGCCUAGCCAGCGCAGCAGCAUGGAGCUCUGGGGAGCCUACCUGCUCCUGUGCCUCUUCUCCCUCCUGACCCAGAUCACUGCCGAGCCACCAACCCCCAAGGUCAAGAAGUCUGCAAAUGCCAAGAAAGAUGCUGUGGGUCCCAAGAUGUUUGAGGAGUUCAGAAGCCAGCUGGACAGUCUGGCCCAGGAGGUGGCACUGCUGAAGGAGCAGCAGGCCCUACAGACAGUCUGCCUGAAGGGCACCAAGGUGCACAUGAAGUGCUUUCUGGCCUUCGCCCAGGCCAAGACCUUCCACGAGGCGAGCGAGGACUGCAUCUCCCGCGGGGGCACCCUGGGCACCCCGCAGACGGGCUCGGAGAACGACUCCAUGUACGAGUACCUGCGCCAGAGCGUGGGCAGCGAGGCCGAGAUCUGGCUGGGCCUCAACGACAUGGCGGUCGAGGGCGCCUGGGUGGACAUGACCGGCCGCCACAUCACCUACAAGAACUGGGAGACGGAGAUCACGGCGCAGCCCGACGGCGGCAAGAGCGAGAACUGCGCGGCCCUGGCCGGCGCGGCCAACGGCAAGUGGUUCGACAAGCGCUGCCGCGACCGGCUGCCCUACAUCUGCCAGUUCGCCAUCGUGUAGCCGCGCGCCCGGCCGGGGG